AACCUCGUUAACGAAAUGAAUCUGUCUAUUGCGCACUUUCCAGACUGGGUCAAAAACGAAGUGAAUAAUUUUGAUACCAAUCCGCAUCCAAGUUCCAACUGAUUCUUUGACGAAGAUGCUCGUAAGCAGUUUUCUUUUUCCUGAAUAGAAGUAGAACAAAGAUUGUCUAGAUAGAAACCUCUGGAGGGAAAUAGUUCGCGGUGCACAAUAUGGAACAGCAAAAUCAACUACCAGUAGUGCAGUGUCAGCAUCAUCAUCAUCAUCAUCUUCUUCAUCCAACAUUGAACAGCUUCCCAUACAGGCGAUAAUGAGACUAAGAGGUCGUAGAAGGGAAUUCUAAGGCGAAAACGCCGAGCAGAAUAAAUUCAUCAGAAGUAGAACAAAGAGUAAAGCAAACGUAGCGCAAUGUAGAUCAGCAGCAUUUCUGUGAUUCUAUCUUUCCUUGAUAGUCUUCGUUAUUUUUGUUGUUGUUCGACCGACUGGGUCACGACAAUGAACAACACAAAGAAACGCGGGCGAUGUGGCCACUUUCCAUCUUUGAACUCAAGUAGAAUCAGACGUUUUGAUGUGCGUCGACCGUCGGUGACGACACGCAGCCUCAAACUCACUUUGAUUUUUCGUUGAGUGUUGAGGUCAGACAGAUGCAGUUCCUUGCCAGUGCAACAAAGGACGCGGCGUCUGCUUUGUGCUUAAAAAGACUACACGAUAUCCGGUGAGUGCAAAGUGGCAUCGUGCAAAAAUAAUGGGACAAAGUGGCGUUUCGAGGGGCGUUAAAAAGUACUCGCUGCAUUGGGAGACGCACUGCAUCUCGAGUACUGCACUUGCUCGUUUUCUGAUGAUACUGAUAGAUGAUGAUUUCUUCUGCGCAGUUCCAGUUUGGUACCGUUCAGGUUGAAGAACAGCUCGCAAUUUUGACGAAAAAUCUUACACCGACUACCAAGAAAAACAAACAUGAUUCCCGUCCGACGCGCCAUCGUCUCUGUCAGUGACAAGGCAGGCGUUGCCGACUUUGCAUCCUUUCUCCAGAAAGAAUGUGGCACAGAGCUCCUAUCUACGGGUGGGACGUGCAAAUUACUCCAAGAGAAGCAGAUUCCAGUGACGGAGGUGUCCGACUACACGGGCUUUCCGGAGAUGAUGAGUGGGCGACUGAAAACGCUCCACCCGAAAAUCCACGGGGGCAUACUGGCGCGCCGGGGAACCGACGAUGAGGCUCUGGCGUCGCAGGGGAUCGGGUUCAUCGACCUGAUCGUUGUGAACCUGUACCCUUUCGCCGCCACGAUCGCGAAACCCAACUGCACCCUAGAAGAUGCGAUCGAGAACAUCGAUAUCGGCGGACCGACCAUGCUGCGCGCGGCGGCGAAGAACUGGGAGCACGUUGCGGUGAUCUGCGUGCCAUCGUUCUACGAGAAAGUGAAGGCCGAUUUGGAGAAGAAUUUCGCCAGUUCUGGCAAAUACACGAUUUCGCGGGAAACGCGCUUCCAGCUAGCACGGGCUACGUUUGAAGCUACCAGCCAAUACGACGGCAUGAUCGCGAACUACCUGGGAGCCCUGCCACCGCUCUCGGCCGCCGACAGCGGCGCGGGUGGCAACGACAGCGCGGAUGAAAAAAAGGCAGAAAAGCAGCAGUUCUCGGAAUUCUUCUACAACAGCCUGAAGAAGAAGCAGGACCUGCGCUACGGCGAGAACCCGCACCAAUCGGCGGCGCUGUACUCCGAGGAAGGAUUCGCGAAGCCGUCCGUGGCGACCGCUGAGCAACUCCAGGGCAAGGAGCUGUCUUACAACAACAUCGCCGAUGCAGAUGGCGCGCUGGACUGCUGCCUUGCGUUUGAUCCCAAGUACAGCUGCAAAACCUAAAAGCGUACUUAGUCGUACCUAGUCGCGUUUCAUCCAUCGUCCAGUAAUAUGCGUUUGAUGUUUUUGAUUCUUACGGCCGAUGCUGCUGAUUUUCCGUAGUUUUAGGCUGAGUUUUUAAGUAACAAAAAAUGAAAAGGGUACCCUGCUGCGUGAUAGUGAAACACGCGAACCCGUGUGGCGUUGCCGUGAGCGAAAAUUCGCUGGUGGAAGCCUACGAGAAAGCGUUCCAGACAGAUACGACCUGCUCACGUGCUACAGUCUCAAACGUUACAAUUGAAUUCGGAUUCUGUCUACUUGCAUGAUCAGCAUAUGAGACACACAAAUCGUUCCGCUUUCUGCAAUGCAAAGUUCGCCGGCUUCCAGUGCGGUUUGGGGCUCCGGAACUUGUCAUGCGCAAUCCUGUGCGAGUAAGGCAGACCAUGCACUUUUUGCAUCACAGAGUUCCAUUUCUAUCAGUAACGUUUGAGAUUGUAUCAUCUGAGCAGGGUAUAACAGACCCGACCAGCGCGUUCGGCGGGAUCAUCGCGGUCAACCAAGAAUUGAACCUGGAAACCGCCGAAAAAAUCGUGAAAAACCAGUUCGUGGAGGUCAUCCUCGCGCCGACCGUUGCGCCGGAGGCGUCGGCAGUGGUGGCGACCAAGAAGAACGUGCGUUUGCUGGCCUACGCAGGAACAACAAGCAAGCCAACGACCACUACCGGCACUUCUGUGAAGGAAGAGCUAGAGUACAAGAAGAUCCGCGGAGGAUUGCUCGUGCAGACGCGCGAUGAAGAGCCGCAGGACAUCACUCUGAAGGUGGUAACGGAGAAACAGCCCUCGGAGAAAGACAUGGAGGAUUUGAAGUUCGCCUGGAAGGUGUGCCAGUUCGUGAAGAGCAACGCGAUCGUGUACGCCAAGGACGGUAUGACGUACGGAGUGGGUGCGGGGCAGAUGAGCCGUGUGUUUUCCAGCAAAAUUGCUGUGGAAAAAGCAGCGGAGGCAAAGCUGGAGCUGCAGGGGUAGAAGUGCUGUGGUUACGUUCUUUUUACGCUACUAACUUCUACUGUGAUGCUGCAGCUGUGCGUUCGGUAUGAGCGAAUGAUCUCUCAUGUACAGAUCGAUGCGCAAGCAAAAAAGUCUAUCUUCUAUAUCAGCGCUGCUAUGGCGUCGGACGCCUUCUUUCCAUUUCGGGAUGGCAUCGACACGGCUGCGAAAAGUGGAGUUGGCUGCAUCAUUCAGCCGGGCGGGAGUAUCCGAGACAAGGAAGUUAUUGACGCCGCCAAUGAACACGGCAUAGCCAUGGUUUUUACUGGUUGUAGGCAUUUCAAGCAUUAAGGGAGAUCGUCUCAAAGCUGGAUCCUCUAGGUACAUCAAAGAUGAUUUUUGACUUUCUGUUUCUAACAUGUUUUCAAGAAUAGCGUUGGCGUCCUUUCGGAACAACAGUCUGUGAUCGGAAUACGCAAAAAGUUACUUUAGAAGCACCUGCGCCCCCGCUCGUGCGAAACAAGGCGUUCGAAAAAGGUUUUUUGGAGUUAGCACGCUCAUUUUCCAGUAUGAACCGUGAAACGUGAAAGGUAAAAGCCUUUCGGUUGCAUUUAACGAUUUGGAUACAAUAUUGUGCAGAAAGAGGAACGUUGCCAAAAUGUGCAAAUAGAACUGCGCUUGCGCCGGUGAUUUGUGUGUGCCAGGAG